AUGAGUGAAAAUGGCUCUGAUAAUAUAAACAGGUUGGAGGUAGAUUUAGACGAUGCUAGGGCUUCGUUUCGACAAUUAUUAUGUGAAAGUACAGCAAAAGUUGAAGCUUUAAGGGUAAAAUUGGGGUUGUGUGUUGAAAGAGCCAAACCGUAUUAUGAGGCGCGAUUUUCUGCAAAUGAAGCAUUGAAACAUACUCAAAUAGCUGCUAUGAAAUAUGAGAGAGCUAAUAGUGCUCACAGUGCUGCUAGGGAAAUGGUUUAUUUAGCAGAACAAGGUUUAGGAGGUCGUACUUUAGAUCCUGCAUGGCCAGAAAUGUUAAAUCAUGCUACUCAACGAGUGAACGAUGCUGAAAAAGAAAGAUGUACAGCUGGGACCGCUCAUAGAAUUGCUUGUGUUAAGCUUGAGGCCUCUAACACUAAAGUACAAAGUUUACAGAAAGAUUUAAAGAGAGCUAUUUCUAAAAGCAGCCACGGUUGA